GAAUGUUUUUGUUUUGUUUUUUUAAUUCGAAAUGUAUGACAUGUGUUGUUAUUCUUGUUAAUGUUUAACUUGUCGCAAGUUGCAUGAAGCAAAGCGCUAUGUCGAAAUCGCUUCUCCCAUGGUACCAACAACCAGCACGUAAACAGAACACACUUCACAUUGCUAUUUGUUCAAUUAGCUUUCUUUUGACUUAGCUCAAUUUAAAGUUAGCAGAGCCAGAAUGGCUGCCUUGCGAGCAGCAAAGCAAGCUCUGAGGAAAGAAAUAAAGCGGCGGGUUGCAGCGCUGAGUGACGGGGAGAAACAGCGACAAUCUCUAGUCGUUUCACAGAAGCUGUUCAGACACCCCAAGUAUGUGUCCUCUAAGCGGAUUGCAGUGUUCCUCAGCAUGGAUGAUGAAGUACACACUGAGGAAAUCAUCAAAGACAUGUUUAAAUGGGGCAAAAGCUGCUUCAUCCCCAGAUACAAGAUCGGCAGCAGCCAUAUGGACAUGUUGCAGCUCAACAGUCUGCAGGACAUGGAGAUGCUGCCUCUGACAUCCUGGAACAUCCAACAGCCUGCUGAAGAUGACAACAGCAGAGACGAAGCACUGGCUUCAGGAGGCCUGGACCUGAUCUUGAUGCCAGGCCUGGGUUUUGACAAGUUGGGGAAGCGUCUGGGACGAGGGAAAGGCUUCUACGACACAUACUUGGAACGCUGUAUCAGACACCCCAAAGGAAAGCCCUAUACCAUCGCCUUGGCCUUCAAAGAGCAGCUGUGUCAGGAAAUCCCUGUCGAUGACAAUGACGUGCUCAUUGAUGAAGUCCUGUAUGAGGCUGAUGAGUAGGUAGCUAAUCACCAGUGGUGGUCCAUGAACUUAAAACCUGCGAUAUUUACAUGCCAAAGUCAGCUAAUGGUUUAACCUAGCAUUUCCAUUUAAUACCAAUACACACGUUUUCACUCAGACAUUUUGAUUUGUUAUAGCAGUAAUAGCCCAGUUGGGACUAAUGAGACCAAGGAUGGCCCUUUGGAAUGCUCUAUUGGAAUACAGCCAUCAUUAACGGUAUUAAUUCCACCUGUAGUUUCCCUACUAUUACUUGUCAAAAUGUCAUCUGUUAUGGCAUUAUACAGGUUAAGCUACUAAUUCAAUGGCUGUAUUGAUAUGUGUGUUUAAGGUACUGAAACCUGAUUAUGUAUUUUGUGCCAGAGUUCUGCUCCUAAUACCAUGCUGAUGUUGCAAUAAAGAGCUGUUAAAGGCAGGCUUUUGCUAACUAAUAAUACUUACACAAAGAAUGCAUUGCAACAAUGGAAUGAAAAGUAUGAUAACAAAUAAUAAAGUUAAACUGGGAAAUGUA